UUCGUAAUGAGUUGAUCUUGACCCUGCUUAGAACAAGACUUCCCUGGAAGCUCCCACCCACUCUGCUCCCUAUAAAGGCAGACAGAACAGCCAGAAUAGCAGAGGCACUGAGAACAACCUAGAAACUACCUGUUGUUACACUGAAGCCCAUCCGCACGCUCCACUAUGAAAGUCUUCGCAGCAUUUCUGUGCCUGCUGCUCACAGCCUCAGCUUUCAGCCCCCAGGUGCUUGCUCAGCCAGGUGCUCUCCCGAAGACCUGCUGCUUUGCUGUGACCAAUAAGAAGAUCCCUAUUCAGCGACUGAAGAGCUACAGAAUAAUCACCAGCAGUAAAUGUCCCCAGACAGCUGUGAUCUUCAAGACCAAACAGGAGAAAGAGAUAUGUGCGGACCCCAAGAAGAAGUGGGUUCAGGAUUCUGUAAAGUACCUGGGCCAAAUAUCCCAUACUGCAAAGCCAGAAUCACCUUUCGUGAGACUACAAACCAGUGGCUGAGAAAUGUUUGAUUUAUUUUUCCUUCCUAAAAUACAUUCUGAAAUAAUACCAUCAUUCCCCAAAGAGAUGACUUUUAUUCAGUAAUUUUUUAAAACAAAUUACAUUUAAGUUAUUGUAGUCUUUAAAUAUAUCUUGUAUGUAUAUCAGUCAUUUUUUAAAUGUAGCUAGGGAUUUAGCUCAGCAGCACAGCGCCUGCCUGGCAAGUGCAAGGUCAUGAGUUCAAUUCCCGGUACUGGAAACAAAACAAAACAAAACAAAAAGGUAAAUUUCUGAGAGGAUCCCUUGCCCUCUGUGAGCCCCCAUCUGUUUCCCUGCCAAGUGUAGAAACUGUUACUCUGAGCUUCCUGGGAAUGCCCCUCCCUGCCUCCCUGGACUCUUGUAAGGGUCUUAGAAAAGAUAAUCAGAGAAAACACCUUGUAAUUUUAGGGGGACAUUGUUCUUGAGAACCCAAAUUGUGAUUCACAAUAAAGAAUGAAAGUAAAUGCUGUUU